UCGUAGCAGCUGAUUGAUCGUCCGCCAAGCGGCGAAAAUAGAGAAAGAGUGGAGUCCGUAGAGAUAGUUUGGCUCCGCCCUAAAAUGUGACUGUAACUGUACUUUAGGAGUAGAUCCAGUCUAGUAACGGCCAUGAUAUGUAUUUAUUGGGAGACACAAUUGACUUGAUUUCUAAUGACAAGAGAAGAAAUAUGUCUAGUGCUAUCAUAGAUUUUAGAGACAUGAGACUGAAAAGACAAGUACCUGUCACAAGUAAACCUCAGCCCAAGAUUCGUCAAGCAGCCAAAGUGUUGUCCACACACCAGCACCAAUUAGCACUGAGAAAACCUCGCUCCAGUUCAUGGCAUCCCGACACAGCAACCCUGAGCCUGGUGCCAGGUCCACCCAGUAAAACUGUCUCUGGGCAAGAGAAAACUCACACCAGCUCCAAACACUUGGGCUGCAGUAACAAUCGCUUACUGAUACAUCACCAAAGGCACAACUUGAAAAACAGAUUUCAGCUGUUAAAAACCUUAGGUGAAGGAACUUAUGGAAAAGUUAAACUAGCUGCUGAUAAAAGCACUGGAGAACAUGUAGCCAUCAAGUACAUCAAGAAGACCAAGAUUCAAGACGAAAAUGACCUGGUUCGGAUCAGGCGUGAGAUUCAGAUUCUUUCUAGUCUCCGACACAAGCAUAUCGUCAACAUACGUGAAGUGUUUGAGAAGAAAGAUAAAAUUGUCUUGGUGAUGGACUACGCUCAAGGGGGAGAGCUCUACGACUACCUCAACAAAAUGGGGAAGUUGAAUGAGCGGGAAGCAAGGCGGAUCUUUCGUCAAAUCGUCUCGGCCAUACACUACUGCCACCAGAAUGGUAUUGUGCACAGAGAUUUGAAGCUAGAGAACAUUAUACUGGAUGAUGAGGGCAAUGUCAAGAUUGCUGACUUUGGUCUGUCAAACUACUACAGUCUAAAUAGUACCUUAAAGACAUUCUGUGGCAGCCCUCUCUACGCAUCUCCUGAGAUUGUCAAUGGGAAACCCUAUCAUGGCCCUGAGGUGGACGUCUGGUCGCUGGGGGUGAUACUGUACACUCUAGUCUACGGCUCCAUGCCAUUUGAGUCCAACAAUCUGGUGACAUUAAAGCAGCAGAUCUCCAACGGUGACUACACCCAGCCAGCCAACUUAUCAGAUGCUGCUGGUCUUAUCCGCCACAUGUUGACUGUGACAGCCUCUAGGAGGGCCACAAUGGAAGAUGCUCUACGCCACUGGUGGAUCAACUUUGGCCACUCCCACAUGCCUAAUGAAGCCCCAUACAGCCCAGAUGAUGAGCCCCCUGCCAGCAGCCACAUGUUCUCCUGCUCCCAACCUCUGGUCAUCCAUCACAGAAACCAGAGCAGUAUCUCUUCAGACUCUGAUGUAGAGCUUGACUUGAGACCCAGUCGUUUCUCUAAGAGGAAGAUGACUUUAGACAGUAGUGGCAACAGUGUUUCAUCAUCAGUAGCUGGCAGUCCCUCUGUUGAGACAAGCUGCAGUAUAUCCUCAGAUGACCACAGCCACCCAGGUCUAACAAGCUUGCAUGCUGACCUACAGUUGUCCUCUGAAAUACUGGACAUCUUCAAAGGCUGCAGCAGGAAAUCCCUUGCCAUGCUGCUGCAUCCUGACAAAAUCCAGCCAGCAUUAGAUGAGAGCCAGAGGGACACACCAUACCAGCACAGUAUGCCAGAAACUGUCAGCCCAUCUGAUCACAAUACAAACUUAGUUUUUGAUUCAGAAAAGAAGCCCCCUCGUGGCAUCCUCAAGCGAAAGGGUAAAUUUUCAGGAGGUGACAGUGUCACGCAAGAGGAGAUCCCAAAGUCUGGACACCUGCCUCGCAGGCUGCCCUCCUUUAGAGAUGAGGCCAAUGGAAUUUUUUCCUCCAGGCACAGGGCCAGUCAGCUGGUAGAUGACAGUGUCACUCAGUCAACACACACGUACUUGUCUCCAAAAUCCCAGCGACGACAACAGCAUGAAUCUCAGAGCACCUCGUGUCCUUCAGCAUGUGUCAGUGGAGCCACCAGCCUUGUGGAAGUUGUGGCAGCCAGUGGUACCAACACCCAGCCUGAGAAAACUUGUGACACCACUAACAUAGAGUCUUGUGACAAAGUUAUACGCAGGCCUAAAAGUAUCUUGAAAAGCUCCAGGAGCUCAAUAGAGGAAGCCAAGAACAGACUGAGUGUCAGCAGUAUAGGCUCCAACUCUUCUGCUGACAUCCUGGACCUGUCCUACGACAGUGCUGACAGUGACCACUACGUCAACCAGCAGGCUGCCCCACCCCAGGAGGGCACACCUGACGUCCAGCUGGAGGCAGCUCUAAGUCAUCUCAGUCUCACACAGCAAUACAAGCCUCGCUCACAUCGGCGUUCAUUAAGUGAUGAGACUUCAAACAUUUUUACCAACCCAAACACUCUCUUGUAUAGAUUGACACAAGAUUCCCAGAGGCUGGUCUAAUCUCUGGACUCAUUUAUCAUGGCCACUAGUCUCAGUCCUGUAUUAGCAGAACUUUUACGUGUCCAUUCGAAGUUGCUUUAAUACACAAGUGUUGCACUAUUCUUUUGGUGGAGUGUGAGUGAUGCCAACUGAUCAACAUUUGCUAUGCAACAUUUUUGGCAGCUUUUAAUCUUCAACUAUGCAACAGCUGUUACAUCUGUUAAAAAAAUACAAACUUGCAAUACGAUAUUUUAUUUCUGCAUGAUAUAUACAUUCUGAUGGACUGGAUGUCUACUUUGUUGGUAUAUCUGUCUAGGUCACUGGUCAGCUUCAAUAUACAUGGGUUCUUUUUAAAUUUUGAAACAAUAUAGCUUUUCAAAAAUGGUUAAAAUGAUUUUUAAAAAGUGGCAACAUUUUUGUAUUAUAAAAUUAUUUAUUUAAACUUGCCUAUAGGUUUGAUUGUUUGUGUCAACAACUGCCAGUUCAUGUCUGGGGGGGGGGGGGGUGUUGUCUCACCUGCCCACACAUUGAGCAUGCAUGGGAUAGUUGUUUUUUUAUCCAGUUUACUGAUACUAGCCAGGGGCAAUAACUAGACCUGAAUCAAGAUGUUUCUCUACUCUAUGGGGAUACACACCAGCAAUCUGAAGAUGACACAGACAUGGUUAGUGUGGGAUUAAUCUUUGUUGUCAAAUGUAUUGCAUAACAAUUGAUUUCAACUUACAAAAACUGUACCAGUGAAUGUGUUCUUGUUAAUUUUUCUCUGCCUGUAUGUUGUUUACACAUUGGUGCUAGCCUGCUCACUACUUGAUGCUGCUGGACAUUAUAUGUUGGUGUGCUAUUUCAGGCCAACUGUAGGGUGUGAGGACUUGUAACCAUUGGAACACUGAGCAUUGGUUGGUUGUGAGAAUGUUGUAGGGUUUUUAAUGUUGAACACAGCUCAUGACUGUCUUCUUUCUGUCCUAUUUAAGGCCAACUCUAGGGUGUGAGUACACACUGAGCAUAUGGUUGGUUGUAAAAUUUGAGAAUGUUUUAGUAAUGUUGAACACAGCUCAUGACACUAUGUGUUCUUUCUGCCUUUGUUUUGCUGUCUCACACUUUCAUAUUUCCAACCAUUAACAGUGGACAUGACAUGUAAAUAAACAAUGUCACAAAAACC